ACAAGUCUCGGUUUUGGAAAGAUGGACGACGAAAUAAACUACAAGAGAACUGUGCGCAGUGUGUUGAGCUCUCGUCGCUCUCGUGUUUUGGUCGAGCACAGUCGAGCUCUCUCAAGGACAAGUGUGCGAUGUCGGACGAGUCGGAAUACGACGUAGAACCAGAAGAAUUUGAUAUUUAUAAGACAAAGUAUCAACUUCUACUCGAUAGAUGCGAAACUCUACAACAGGAUAAUGAGCGGCUGGUCUAUCGCAUUCAGAGAGUGAGGAAACUUCUCAAGCAGACGAGGAAAGAGAAAAAAUUUUUAAUUAACCGACUGGAUCAGCAUGGUGACAGGUGGCGAGAAGCGCCGAUGGGAGUUCUCGAGGAGAACAGUGUCUUUCAGACGACGCCGAAACAAGAAAAGGCCUCUAAAUCAGGUGUUAACCACACCAAAGAAGAGAAACCGAAAAAAGGCACGAAAAGAAAAGGAACCAAAGCGGAUCCCAACGCGCCUAAGAGACCUGCCAAUCCCUUUUUUCAAUUUUGCCAAGAGCAGAGGCCGAGGGUGAUGGAAAGAUUAGCCGGAGAACCGGAACCUAGCAAACAAGAACUCACUAGACAAUUAGCAACGACGUGGAAGUCCCUUACUUCUGAGGACAAGAAGGUCUAUUACGACAUGUAUGAGCGAUCAAAAGAAAAGUACGUGGCUGAAAUGCAAAUCUACAACAAAAAGUCAGAAGACACGCCGGCCGAGAUAUCUUUAAAUGUAAUUUAAUGUAAAAUAAGCCUGUAAAUACGUAAUUAACAGUAAUUAAAUUGUCUUUGUAUAUAA